AUGAACGCCAAUAUGCAAGCUAUCCAAGCGGCUCUCGCUAACUAUGAUACAUCUUUUCUUUCAGAAGAUGAGGAGGAUUUCUGUCCUCUCUGCAUCGAGCCAAUGGACAUAACGGAUAAAAACUUCAAACCUUGUCCGUGCGGAUAUCAAAUCUGUCAGUUUUGCUACAACAACAUAAGGCAAAAUCCGGAACUCAACGGUAGAUGCCCUGCGUGUCGCCGAAAGUACGAUGACGAAAGCGUGGAGUACGUUGUUUUGUCGACCGAAGAGCUCAAAAUGGAGCAGGCAAAGCACGCGAGGAAAGAGCGAGAAAGGAAGUUAAGAGACAAAGAGCGCAAAGAAAAUGAAUAUGCGAAUCGCAAACACUUGGCUGGUAUGCGCGUGAUCCAGAAAAAUCUUGUCUAUGUGGUAGGUUUGAAUCCUGCCGUUCCCUACGAGGAAGUGUCCAGCCUUUUAAGGUCCGACAAAUACUUUGGGCAGUAUGGCAAGAUAAACAAGAUCGUCAUAAAUCGCAAAACUGGGCAUGGCGACCCCCAUCAUAGUCAUCACCACCACACCGGGUAUGGCAUUUAUGUGACCUUCGCUCGCAAGGAGGACGCUGCGAGGUGUAUAGCUGCUGUGGACGGUACUUAUAUGGAGGGCCGGUUGGUCAAGGCCGCAUACGGUACUACUAAGUACUGUUCGUCGUAUUUGAGGGGACAGAGUUGCCCAAAUCCCAAUUGCAUGUUCCUACACGAGCCUGGGGAAGAGGCGGACUCAUUUAAUAGGAAGGAGCUGAGUACCAAACAGCACGAUCAAGUUCCUGUUUUGAAACAAACUGUAAAUGGGGGGGCAGUUGGAUCCCAAAAAUCCGUACCGCCCAGCGGCUCCGCUGCACCUUCUGCAACUGCAUCCCCGGCACUAAGUAAAGUUCAUUUGAACCAGAAUGAUGAUGUUCCCUCCUCGUCAUCUACUUCAGCUGCACACACACCCGUUUUGACGCCAGCACCUGCUCCAUCUGGAUCAAAUCCAUGGGGGGUUAAUCCUAUCAUGACAUCUGCAUUGGCCUCUAAUGUCGCAAAGAACGGUAGUUCACCAGCGUUUCCUACGCUGGGGGAAGCGGCUCUUGCUCAAUCGAUUGCAGCUUCUUCUACAGCUACUGUGAACCAAGGCACUACGAGUCAACACAAAAACAAGAAGAAUUCCGACCGCACAUAUGUGGAUCCUUUUGACCCGUUGUCUAGCGCAAUCAGAUUCAUUGACAGCACGAUCAAAGCGCUAUCUGAGUAUCGUAAUACCGGAAUUAAACUUCGAAGCAAUGCUCUUAAUGGUGGUCUCUCUCAAAGUUAUCCAUCUCUUUUCACUUUUCCCGAGAUUGAGGAAGCGGAGGAGAGUGAUGGUACUUUGGCUCGUAAGCUGAUCGAAAUAUUGGCCAUAAAGCCAGUUGAUUAUGGUGCAUCAUUGUUGCCAUAUCUGCAAAAUCCUUCCCAAAUCAAUCCUAGAUUAUUGCAGCAACUGCAACAGCAACAACAACAGCAGCAGCAACAACAACAGCAACAACAACAACAGCAGCAGCAGCAGCAGCAACAACAGCAACAAAUGCAGCUACAGCUACAGCAGCAGCAGCAGCAGCAGAUACUUUUGGCCAGACAACAGCAACAGCAGGAGCAGCAGCAGCAGCAACAACAGCUCCUUCAGCAACAACCACAACAGCAAUACGUGCAGAGAAAUCAGUCUCAACAACCGACUUCUUCGUCCAUUAGUGCCCAAAUUAUAAACGACCAAUUGCAACAACAGCAACAUAAAGCCGUCAACACGCCUCCUCCACCAGGCAUUUUUACACCAAUGAACACUGCGACUAAGGCCCAUCGUCCCGCUGGUUCUGGCAGCAAUUCAUCUGACCUUUUGAAUCAGCUUAUCAAUGGCAAGAAAAUCGCCACGGGAAACUAG